AUGCAGGCGUAUCGCGAUAACUUCAAGCAAACGCCCUGCCCAUCGGCCGUCGACCUUCAGGCGGCUGGAACACCCCACCCACCGGGCACCGCCUCCCGGCUGCCCUUCUCGCGCACCCAGCGUGGGCGUGACCCCUCGGCCAGUGCCGCCUCCGUUGCGGGCGGCCUAACGCCCAGGAUGAUGAGUCCGGGUCCGCCGGGCGCCGGAGGAGGAGGAGGAGUGAGCGGUGGCGGGGGAGAUCCCUCGGCCCUGUUGCGGCAGAACCAGGAGCUGCGCCAACGGCUGGCCGACGAGUCGCAUAGCUAUCGACGCCGCCUGGACACCUACAAGCAGGCGCAGCACAACCAGGCCAACCUCGUCAGCCGGCUGCAGUCGAAGAUCCAGCAGUAUCGCCAGCGUUGUAGCGACCUGGAGGAUCGCAUGCACGAGACCAUUAAGCCGACGGCGGGAGCAGGACCCAAGUUGACCACGGGUCCGACCAACCAAGUGCUGUGCUCAACUUCUUUAACUCUGGGGCAGAGCAGCUUGCCCUGCAGCUCCUCGCUGGACUCGCCGCCACCCAGCUGCAGUCGCGACUACGUCGACGAUGUCCUGGUCACCGGCGGAGGCGGCGGAGCGGCGGAACUGUGCCGCAAACUGGAGGAGGAGCACCAGCGCUGCGAGCAGAUCCUCGCCCAGAACAGCGCACUGCGUCAGCAGCUGGAGGAGUCGAAUCGCACCAACGAGGCGCUGACCAACGAUCUGCAGAAGCUGACCAACGACUGGGCGGGUCUGCGGGAUGAGCUGCUGAUCAAGGAGGAUGAGUUCAAGGAGGAGGAGCAGGCCUUCAAGGACUACUACAACAGCGAGCACAAUCGCCUGCUGAAGAUGUGGCGCGAAGUGGUGGCCGUGAAGAGAUCCUUCAAGGAGAUGCAGACGGCCAUGAAGGCGGAGGUGGCCAAGAUGGGUCAGGAGAUCAAUUGCGUGGGCAAGGACAUCAGUGGCUCCAAUGCCACGGUCGCCUUUGCCGUCCAGCAGGCCAAGCGGGCGGCGGAUGAGGAACUGAAGCAAUCGCAGCGCAGCAACGAUGAGCUCCAGAAUCAAUUGGCCACGCUGAAGGUGCAGUACGAGAGUGCUCGGCACGAGAUCAUGGAGCGGGAUCAGCGACUACUGGAGCUAAUGAAUCAGCUGAAGAAGCUGGAGGAUCGCUGCGCCCAAGCGGAAUCCCAAGCAGCGCUGGCCAGUCGCUAUAGCGACGAGAUCGAGCGACUGAACAAUUCCAUGCGCGAAAUUGCGCAGGCUGUCGUUCAAGAUGCUGAGAACGCGGAUCGCGAGGCGGACGCCGAGGUCACCGGCGGUGUCAUGCAGCACAUGCACCUGACGCGUGACGCCGCCUCCGUGGCGGGCGGAGCAGGUGGAGCGGGCAGCACCGCCGGCGGUGGUGGCGGGAAAUCACCGCGUCGCAACUCGACACGCGCCUCUCAAGCCUUCGCCGAGGGCACCAUCUCAGCCGUCCAGGCGGCGCUCCACAAAUACCAGCUGGCCCUGCACGACAUGCAGGUGAAAUUCCAGAACACCAGUGAAACCCUGCGCACCACCAAGUCGCAGCUGGAGACCAGCGAGGGUACCAAGCAGCUGCUGACCACCAAGAUGCAGCAGCUCACCGAGAAGUUGGACAGCAGCAACUCCAAGCUAUCGGAACUGCUGCAGGAAAGGGAGAGUCUGCAGCGCGGACUGGACGACAUCCGCGUUCAGAAGCAGCAAUCCGAGAUGGGACGAGCCGAUAUCAAUAGUGCAUUCGAGAACCUGAGCGGUGAUUAUGAGAAGAUGCAGCUGAACUGUGGUAAGCUCCAGAAGCGCAUCGAUUCCAUGGAGGAGGACAAAAAGGCAGUGGAGCUGGAGAUCCAACGUAUUCUGAAGGACAAGAACAUAACCGAGUUGAAUUUGAGGUCCGAGGAAGAUCGCAGCAGUCGUUUGCGGGAGGAGACCAUAUCCUUGCGCGAGGAGCUCAACCGCGUGAGCCUGAACCGUGAUCUCCUCGAGCAGCAGCGCAUCGAGUCGGACAAUCUGAUCAAUCUGCUGGAGAAACAAAAGUCCGAUCUGGAGUACGAUCUGGACAAGCUGUUGCUGGAGAAGUGCGAUCUGCAGGAGAAGCACGAGAAGCUAUCCAACAACAGUUGCUCCACCAGUGAUGAGCUGAAGAGCGUUCAGAAUUGCCUCCAGGAGGCGCAGGAGGAGCGCAAGAAGCUUCGCAUUCAGUCCGUCGAUCAGUGCAAUGAAAUUGGAGAACUAAAGAAGGAGCUGGCCAUACUGGACAAGGCACGACUCGAACUGGAGACGGACAAUCUGUCGGCUGGCGAAAAGCUCAAGUGUCUGCAGCUGGAGAAGGAGAAAAUCCUGCAGGACUUGGCCUGCGUCACCCGCGAUCGUGGUGACAUCCACAACCAGCUCACGGCGAUGUGUCGCAAGAAGGAGGCUCUGAACGAGGAACUUAUGCGGACACGCCAGCGUCUGGAGCAAACCACCGAAACCAACAGCCGUCUGAAUAGAAAUCUGGAGGAGAUGGUGAAGGAUGUGGAGGAGAAGCAGGUGGUCAUCGAUCUGCACGAGAAAGACACUCAUCGCUUGAACGAACUCCUGGCCGCCCUGCGUUCGGAGAAGGAGUCCUUGGAGUCGGUGCUCUUCGAUACCAACACCUCACUGGAGGCCACCGAGGAGCGACGCAGUCAGCUGGAGCGGGAUCUGCAGGAGGCUCUGGUGCGCGAGGAGAGCCUCAAGAAUCACGUGGCUCGCUUGCAGAAGGAGCUGGAGCAGUGCCAGCGCAAGGCCCAGGAGACCAAGACGCAGUUGCUCAACGCUGCCCGUGCGGCGGAGAGUGACUUCAACCAGAAAAUCGCCAAUAUGCAGGCUUGUGCCGAGGAGGCGGCCAAGCGACAUGGCGAGGAGAUCCUACAGUUGCGGAAUGCCCUGGAGAAGAGGAUGCAACAGGCCCUGCAGGCGCUGCAAACGGCCAAGGAUGAUGAGAUCGAGAAGUUGCAGGAGCGGCUGGCCACCUUGCAGGCCCAUCUCGAGAGCCUCGUUCAGCAGCACGAGGAGGCACUCAUCCGGGCAGAGAGCGAGAAGCAGCAAGCCCUGCUGAUUGCCCAUCGGGAUAAGCAAGCGGUGGCCGAGCGCUUGGAGGCGGUAUCCCGGGAUCUAAAGACCGAGCAGGAGUCUCUCGAUCGGAGCAGACGGGAGGCCAAUGCGCGGGAUGAGAAGCAGAGGGCGGCCAUUGCCCAGCUGAAGGACGAGAUGGUGCAGAUGCGCACCAAGGAGGAGGAGCACAAAAUUAAGUUGGAGGAGUGCAUCCGCAAGCAGGAGCUGCAGUUGAGUAGCCUGCGGGAAGAGCGCGAAUCUUUGUGCCGUGUGAGUGAGGAGCUAAAGAUGGAGAUUCGGCUGAAGGAGGACAAAAUGGAGGGCACCAACAACGAGCUGCAGGAUGCACUGCGCAAGUCCAAAGAGGGUGAGGGCUUCAUCGAUAGCUUGCGCAAGGAGCUGACCGACUGUCGCCGGCAACUGGCGGACAGCAACAUCGAGCGGGACAAGUAUUCCGGCAGCAACAAGGAGCUGCGCGACCACGUGAAGCGCGUGGAGAGCGCCAAGCGGGAGCAGGCACGCGCCAUCGAGGAGGCUCUGCAGAAGAUCAGCAAUCUGGAGGACACCAAGAACUCGUUGGAGAACGAACGCACGCGAUUGAGCACCAUACUGAAGGAGACGGAGAAUCACUUCACAAAGACCACCCAGGAUCUGAAUGCUACCAAGGCGCAGCUGCAGAAGGCUCAAGUGGAGUUUGCCCAGAAGGACGAGGGUGGCAAGGAGUUGCAGUGCAAGCUGGUCGCCGAGGUGGAGUUGAAAGAGCGGGCACAGCAGGAGCUCUGCCAGAUUAAGAAGCAGUUAUCGGACCUCGAGGCCAAUCUGUGUGCCACCCGUCAGGAAUUGGGCAGGGCUCGGUGUCAGAACAACCAGGAGGAGCAUCGCUUCCAUGCCAGGGAGCAGGAGCUGGCCCAGCGCUUGGAGGAGGGUCGUGGUAGGGAGAAGCGCCUGGAGGAUCAGAAGCACAACCUGGAGGUCUGCCUGGCCGAUGCCACCCAGCAGAUUCAGGAGUUGAAGGCCCGUUUGGGCGGCGCCGAAGGUCGCAUCCGCGCUUUGGAUGAGCAGUUGUCCUGCGUGGAGCUACACAAGCGGGACACCGAACAGAAGCUAUCCUCGGUGGUUCACACUCUGCGCAGGAUUGCUGGCAUCCAAGUGGACGGCAGUGUGAAUCUCUCACAUCGUUUGCUGAGUCCCUCGCGAAGAUUCAGUCCGUCUCGCAGUUGCGGAGACUAUGACAACAGGAGCACUUCACAAUGUCCGGAUGGACCAAUCGAUGUGGACCCGGAUCUGGUGAGGAAGGGUGUCCGCAACCUGAUGCACCAGGUGGCUCAGUUGGAGCGCGAGAAGGAUGACUACAAAUCCCAACUGGGAGCAGCAAAGAAGCAGCUCCAAGAUGCUGCUGAACAGCAGCUGCGAUGCGACGCCAAGCUGGGCAAACUGCAGGCAAUGCUAAGGAAUCUCCAGGAGGAGAAGAGCAAUCUGGAAACGGACCGCAAGAUGAAGAUCUCCGCCAUCCAGGCGCUGGAGGAGAAGCUCAAGCACCGCAACGAUGAGUGUCAGAUGCUAAGGGAACGUUUGGCCCAAACCGAGAUGCAACUGGCUGCCACAUCCGAGGAGAAUGGCCAGAACGAGGAACGCCUGGAGAAGAGCCGACAGCAGUGCUCCAAACUGGACAACGAGAAGCGCCAGCUGCAGGAGGAACUGGCCAAGGUGGAGGGCCGGGCCAGCAAACUCGAUCUGCAGCGGGUUGCCAUGGAGGGCGACCUUACCAGGCUGCAGAUGGCUCUGCAGGAGAAGGACUGCAGCAUUCGUCAAAUGGCCGAGCGUCUGGAGAACCAAAACCGUGCCCUGACCCAACUGGAGGAUCGCUGUACCGCCCUUAAGACCACCGUAGAUCAGUUGAAGGAGCGCCUCCAGAAGUCCGCUGUGAGUGAAACCCAGCUGCGGGGCGAGCUCAAGACGCUCCAGAAGGAGCUUUCCGAGCAGGGUCACUGUUCCCAGGCCAACGAGGAUAAGCUGAAGCUGGUGCAAAAGUCGCUGCAGACCGCCGAGAACGAGAAGCGCAUCCUCACCGAACGCCUGGACAGCGCACAGACCAAUCUCAACGAGCUGCGACGUAGCCAACAGGCCCAGCUGGAUGGUAAUCAGCGGCUGCAAGAACAAGUCACCGAUCUGGAGGUUCAGCGCUCGGCCUUGGAGUCCCAGCUUCGGAUUGCCAAGUGGAACCAGGAGAGUGGCGGUGACAAGGGUCUGACAAACGGCAACGGGGGCGGCAAUGGCGAGGAGGAGCUCAGCAGGCAGCUGAAGUCCUCGCAGCGGGAGAAGUCGGAGCUACGCAGCAAGCUGCAGACCCUGCAGGACAAAGUCAAACAGUUGGAGUGCGACCGCAAGAGCAAGUUUUCUGGCGGAAACGCCUACGAUCGGGCUGAGAAGUCCAACUCCUAUUACGGUGGCGCUGCUGAGUCCGGCGAGUUCGACUCCAAUCGCUACGAUGUGGGUGGCGGCAAUGCCGGCACUGCUGGUGGAGGCUCUUUCAACUGUGGACUGGAUCACAGUGUAAUCGAGCAGGAGACGCGCGAUCUGCGCCUCAAGGUGCGCCGCCUGGAGACGCUGCUGGCGGAGAAGGAGUCGGAGCUGGCGCGCUGCAAGGCGCGCAUGAACGACAGCGCCAAGUGCCAUGAUGGCUUGGAUGGGGAUCGCUAUCGCAGUGCGCAGAUGCACGCAGAGAAGCUGCUUGACGCCAGGGAGCAGUCGCAUCGGCAACAAGUGCUGCGCCUGGAGAACCAGAUCUCUAUGCUGCGCGAGCAGUUGGCUCAGGAGGCCAAACGGCGGCAGCAGUACAUUCUACGCAGCUCAAAGGCCAAUAGGGAAAUGCAGCAUUUGAGGAGCACCCUAGGAGAUUCCCUGCGCAAUGUCUCCCAGCACCCGGUGGAUCCCCAUCUUCUGGAGAGCGAGAGUCGGCGUCUCGAUUCGGCUGUUUCCAUGAGCCUGCCGCCGUCGACCUGCCGGGACUAUGAUCGCGAUUAGAGUGAUGUGAAGUUAAGAUUUGGUUAAAUUUGAUCCCGCCAAGAAGACGUAACGCUCACUGCCAUUUGCAUUUAUUUAGAAAAAGGCUUCCUGGACUCCUCCAGACGCAACUGAGUUAAUCAUCACGUGCAUUUCAACUCGUUUGCCUUAGUACAAUUCUAGCUGUUCAUUGUCUGCCCUGUUAGACAAUCGAAUAUAGUGCGUUCCAUCCAGUCGCAGCGAUAAUGACAUCC